AUGAGGAUGAGGAGGGAUGUGUCGAUAUUCGAGAACCAGUUUGGUUUCAUGCCAGGGCGCUCGACUACGGAAGCUAUACAUCUUGUCAGGAGAUUGGUGGAGCAGUAUAGGGACAAAAAGAGAGACUUACACUUGGUGUUUAUUGACUUGGAGAAGGCAUAUGAUAAAGUCCCUUGGGAGGUCCUUUGGAGAUGUCUGGAGUCUAGAGGUGUGCCUGUGGCCUACAUCAGGGCAAUUAAGGACAUGUACGAGGUGAUAGACGAGUUGACGAAGAAUCUUCAGGAAGAGGUGCCGUGGUGUAUGCUUUUUGCAGACGAUAUCGUUUUGAUUGACGAGACGUGUAGUGGAGUUAAUGGUAAGCUGGAAGAUUGGAGACCGACUUUAGAAUCGAAAGGCUUCAGGUUGAGCAGGACUAAGACGGAGUACAUGGAGUGCAAGUUCAGUGGCGUAACGCAGGAGUCAGAUAUGGAAGUAAAGAUCGAGGCGCAAGGUAUACCCAAAAGAGAAAGUUUCAAGUAUCUUGGGUCCGUAAUACAAGGGGACGGGGAGAUUGACGAGGAUGUCGCACAUCGGAUUGGUGCAGAGUGGAUGAAAUGGAGGCUCGCCUCUGGGGUGCUUUGCGAUAAGAAAUUAUCGCCUAGGCUGAAAGGUAAGUUCUACAAAGUGGUGGUUAGACCAUCUUUAUUGUAUGGGGCAGAAUGUUGGCCUGUCAAGAACGUUCACGUCCAGAAGAUGAAGGUAGCGGAGAUGCGAAUGCUCAGAUGGAUGUGUGGUCAUACUAGGAGGGAUAUGAUUAGGAAUGAAGAUAUACAGGACAAGGUUGGGGUGGUGUCUGUGGCGAACAAGAUGAUGGAAGUGAGACUGAGAUGGUUCGGGCAUGUGAAGAGGAGGAGCGAUGAUGCACCAGUUAGGAGGUGCGAGAGAUUGGCGGUCGCAGGAGUUAGGAGAGAUAGAGGUAGAACGAAGAAGAACUGGAGGGAGGUGAUUAGACAGGACAUGGCACAACUUCAGUUGACGGAGGACAUGACCUUAGAUAGGAAGAUUUGGAGGUCGAGAAUUAGGAUAGAAGGUUAG